CGUUGUGUGUGGACCGGCAACGGACCGGUCAAUAAGCAUCAGUUAAAAUCAGCUGUGGAGUAAGCAGCACGAGCGGUAUCUGGUGGGGAAAACGCAAGGCGUUUGUCGGCAGAUUCGAGCACAGGGGUGGAUCCGAGGCGAUAGUUUUGUCUCGACAGUUGGCGCCAGAUUCCGAGAGUUUACGUGCACAUAUUGAGUGCAGAGUGUACGUUUGAAUGUUCGCUAUUGCUGUCACAACACACAUACGGAUUUGUGAUAUUACAGUUUUCUUUGCAUUUUGCGAUAGUGGAGGUGUAUUACGUGUGUAGUUGUUAAUCGCAAAAGUCCGUCUGUUAAAUUUGGUGUACCUGUUGACGCCGCGAAGGGGAUUCACCAAGUACACGCAUUUUUGAAGGAUUCGACGUGUCGGCAGUACUAUUCAUAUUUGAAUAGGGCUGUUCGAGGAGCGGAGUGUGAGUUUUGAAGUGUUGUGUAUUGCUAGUAUUUCAAUGAGAUUCUGCAAUGAUUGUAGUGUUAUUUUGCGGUAGUAUCAGCUUGACCACUUCGUAGAUACAUUUUUCUUGAUUUUGAACUACCGACGUGGAUUAAUGUCGCCGAUGUUGGAGUACCUGAGAGAUGUAUUUUCAUUUGUUUGAGUGCUUGUGUUAGGGAUUCGCAAGCAGCUUUUCAUACGACGGUGGACUGUGGUAGAAAUUUCAAGAGUUUGUUCAGGAGAAGGUUGUGUUUGAUUAAGCUCUUUCCCUUGUCCACGACGUAUUUUGUGAACCAUGUACGCGAUCGACAUCGUGACAGCACUCCUCCAUGCGGAAGUAGAAGCCGGCAACUUGCAAGGUGUCAUGGAAAUGUUGGCGAGAGGAGCAGACGUCGAAGCCGCAGACUUGUUCAAGGUACGACCGAUACAUAUCGCUGCCGAACAGGGCCAUUUGGACAUUCUUAAAACACUUAUAACACGGGGUUGUAAUGUAAAUGCACAGGCGUCCGUCCCAACUCCAAUGUCGAAGAAAUUGGAGCGGGGCAUGACGCCGUUACAUAUAGCAGCUAAAAAUGCUAACCCGAACCUCGCGCUCACUUUGAUUGAUGCCGGCGCUAAUGUGAACGCCAAGAGUAGCUCCGGAGUGUUUCCGCUGCACGUUGCAGCACAGAACGGCCGUUUGCCCAUAGUGGAAGCGUUGGUUUCUGCGAAUGCAGACGUAAAUGCUGAGGACGACAAAAAACAUACCCCUUUAUUUUGUGCUGCCGCGCAGAAUUUUGAAGACGUAGCCAGAUUUCUUAUACAACAGGGUGCUGUCAUAAAUGCUAGAAAUUCAGACCGUUCGACACCAUUGCAUUUCGCAGCAGAAAAGGGAAAUAUUAACAUAACAAAGCUGCUGAUCCAGAACGAGGCUGAGAUUAAUGCAAAGAAUUUGGCAGGCAUCACCCCAUUGCAUGCUGCCACACAUAACAGACAGUCUGCAGUAAGUCAGUUUUUGAUUAACUGUGGAGCAGAUGUGAAUGAAAGAGAUGACGUGGGAUGGAGGACUCCCUUGCAUAACACAGCACAGAGCGGAUACCCAGCAGAAACCGCCAGACUUUUGAUUGCGAAAGGAGCUAACGUGAAUGCAAAGGACAGGACUGGAAUAACACCAUUGAACCUUGCUGCAAUGUACGAUUCCGUUGAUAUAACGAACAUCCUGAUCGAGAAUAAAGCUGACGUCAAUGCCACUGACGACCGAAAGUGGACAUCAUUGCAUAGUGCAGCUGUUACAGGCUGUUUGGAUACUAUAAAAAUUCUUAUCGCCAAUGGUGCUGAAGUUAAUGCGAGGACUUGCGAGCAGACAACAGCAUUGCAUUUCGCAGCAAUCUACCGGCAUGCCGAAGUAGUCAAAUAUCUUUUGGCUAAAGGAGCCGAAGUUAAUGUAACUGAUAACAAAAACUGUACGCCACUUCAUUUAGCAGCAGAAGAGGGUUCUCUCCGAAAGUCGGAACAAUGUCGUGCACAGGGCCGAGAUUCGAAACUAAAUACCGUGAAAAUUCUCAUUGAAAACGGAGCAGAUAUAAAUGCCAAACGAAACAAUGAUGAAACAGCUCUGCACCUAGCUGUAAAGGCUAACGAUCCGGUAGUUGCUCGGUGCCUGUUAGAGAAUGGUGCAUAUUACGAUGCGAAGGCCUUGUCUCAGUUUGGUAACUUAACCGUUUCAGAGAUUGCUGCGAAACAAAGAAACGAGAACAUAAGCGCUGUAUUGCACACAAUCGGAAAGCUGUUUCAAGCAGUGAAAACAGCUAACUGCGCUGAAAUUGAAAAAUGUGUUCAAGAAGGAGCACCAGUCAACAGCAGAAGUAUCAAGUAUGAAACACCACUUACGUAUGCAUGUUGGAAAGGACAGUUAGCCGUUGUUAAUGUUUUGCUCAAGAAUGGGGUUGAUAUUAAUCUCAGCAACAGUAAUGGAAUUACUCCUUUACAUUAUGCAGCAAAAUUUGGGCAUCAUGUAAUACUGUGCACCUUACUGAAACAUGGUGCAGUGUAUAAUGCCAAAACGAAAACGGGCAAAAAAACACCUCUACAUUUCGCCCAAGAAGGAGGAAAUAAAGAAGUUUCAGAGACUCUAAAACUGAUUAGAAGCAUGUUUACCAGAAUAAGGAAAAAGGAUAAUACAGUGCUAAAAGAGUUAAAUGAAUUGAAGGAUACACAAUAUUCCGAAUUUCUUGCCAUAAAAAACUGCAAAAAUAUAAAUAAAGAAACUCUGACACAAAUAGCUUCAAAAAAUGGGUAUGAGGAACUUUGUAAAUUGUUGUGUGAUUUGUAAUAAUGUAGAGUGCUUUGUUAUUACUCAUUUUAAUAGAGUAGAUUACUUUGUUAUUACUCAUUUAUGGCAGUGAAUGAUUUGACUGAAGUAGUUCAAGUUUCAUGACUUGAUAUUAAUUUCCUGAGAUUUUGUACACUGUCAAGGGAUAUUUUAGUGUCCUGUAAUCAAUAAAGUGUUUAAACAACAUUAAGGUUUGAAAAUCUGGUAUUGCUUAUCAGAUUGGUAUGAAUGCCCCUAAGCAUCAGUAUUCAUGUUAAUAUUUACCACUAAGCAUUUUCUGAUGUAAAGCACUUCAGAAGCUUAAAGUCUAGAUUCAUGCAUAAAUUUUCAUAAUAUUAGUGUUUUUAUUAGAGAACUGAUACAGUCUUAUGCAUUGUUCCUGUGUAUGUUUAAUGUUCUCUCACACUUCACUGUUAGAAGCAUGUGAAAAUAAUUAGUAUGUUAAAUAUUUCUUUUCAGCCCCAGAAUGCAUGUGAUUUUCUUACAAUGCCUCAGUUAAUCACUCCAUUAAUUGUGCAAAACAUGUUCAUGUGUUGGCAUUUAAGAAUGUAUGAAGUUUAAUAUUUAAGAAUGUAUGAAGUUUCAUGUUUAAACUGUAUCUAAAAUAAUAAAAAUACAUGCCCUGUAUUGAAAUAAGAAUGUGAAAUUCUGUACUGAUAUAUACUCUAGCUGCUACUUAUGACUUGUAUGGAUCUGACAUUGAAAAUAGGUACAGUGUCCAUAAUUAUACAAUUAGGAAGUGCGAUACAGGUGUAGAUAACUACAGUAGCGAUCAGAAUUGAAAUUAACAAGAAGUGAUGCAUACAAAUGGGAAUGUCAUCCAAAUACAGUGCUGUUAUUUUAAUCCAAAUACUGUAAUGGAUGUACCUCAAUAUUUGUCAUUUUCCAUUUGUGUGUGACAUUAAAGAAAAGCUUUUUGAUAGUGAAAGCCUAAAAUUAUGUGCUAGAUUACUCUUUCUUUAUAGUAGUUCCAGUACAUACAAACUAUCGGAUGAUGAAGGUAACUGCUUAACAUUAGUGGGCUCUCACAGAAAACCCGUAAAGGGAUGUACUGUUGUCCAUCUCCACACUGAACAUUUUACAAAUGUGGUUUCAUGUAGAUGUGAACACUAAUAUAUACUUCUAGUUAUUCUUUCUUUAUAGAAGUUCCAGUACAUACCUACUAUCAGAUGAUGAAGGUAACUGGUUAACAUUAGUGGGCUCUCUCAGAAAAUCCAUAAAGGAAUGUACUGAAAGAUAGUAGAGAGUAUGGGAGGUUCAAUACCUUUUGGAAAAUAAAACAUGUAGGUUUUGUUGUCCAUCUCCACACUGAACAUUUUACAGAUGUGGUUUUCAUGUAGAUGUGAACACUAAUAUAUACUUCUAGUAGCUGGUAGCUGUAGAUUAUCUGGAUUAUCUUAUAUAUUCACAAGACCUCUUAUAAUCUCUCUCUCUCUCUCUCUCUCUCUCUCUCUCUCUCUCUCUCUCUUUCUCUCUCUCCUGCUAUAUUUAACAUAAUAAAAUUAGGAAAGAAUCCGCUACUUUGUAAAGGGAGGGGGAACUAGUACCUCAGAUGUACUAAGUAACUGCUGUAUAUCUCCUGUUGGUAGGUUAUAUUUAGAAACCUGUAACUGUAGAAGCUUAUUCAAUUAUUCAAGUGGCUAUUGCUAAUUGUCAACCAUUCAACAGGAGACAUCAGUUCUUGAAUUUCAGUGAUUAGGUGCUUCAUGGAAUGAGUGAAAAGUGAGUGAUUUUUUAAUUUAUUUUUUAUGUAUAGGGCUUCCAAAUUUCAUUCAUUAGGUCACUGUUGAAGACCUGUGUACCAGAAU